AUGAGUAAAAAAAUAACAUUUGGUACAAUUGAUCCUUUAAUUAAAGAGACAGAGAUCAAAUCAUUUAUAAGAGAGUUUGAGAGUAAGAGAGCAGAUAGAGACAUAUUUGCAUUACACCAACAGACACUAAAUGCCAAUACAACCGUGGCAAAUGCAAAACAAUCGACAGAUGCAUCACAACAACAUCUCGAAAAGAUAAACAAGAGAUUGAGAGAUCUAAACGAUAGAAUACAAAAUCAAAUAUUAAAAGAGGAUGUCUAUCAAUCACACCGAGAUAGUGAUACAUUGGUUAGAAUGGAAAAACAUGGUCAAGAAAAGACUGUCAUCGAUGAAUCCAUACAGAGCAGCAAACUUGCAAUCGAAUCAAACUUUCAAGAACAAUCACAUCAACUUUGUGAAAAGUAUCAAAUAAUAUUAUAA